AUCAUCUGAUUAGAAACACGUUUAAAAGUAAAGCAUUAAGAAGUUUCUGCAUGAAGCGGCUGUGCUGACAUCGAUGGAUCAACGCUGAUCCGGUGACUCUAACACGUUAAAAGGAUUAUUUUGAUCGAUCCGGAUCGAUGGAGGUGCCUCAGCAGCGAACAAGCAGCUAUGGUCAUAUUCCCCCCAACAUGUCUGAGCUGAGGGUUGUCCUGCUGGGGAACAGCUGGUCUCAGAGGAGAGUCGUGGGGAACUUCAUACUGGGAGGGGCCGUGUUCAGCACUGAGGAACCAGACUGCUGUGUGAGGGUCAGCGGGCGGUGCAGGUGGAAAGAAAUCGUACUGAUCAACACUCCAGAUCUGCUGCAUCCAAACAUCUCUGAGGACAAACUGACAGAGUUGAUAGAAACCUGUGUGAGGCUCUCUGAUCCUGGACCUCAUGUGUUCCUGCUGGUUCUACAGCCUGAAGACUUCACUGAGGAGCAAAGACUGAGGCUGCAAACAGUCCUGCGAGACUUUGGUGAUCAGUCAUUUGAACACUCGCUGGUCCUGAUAUCAACACCUACAGAGGAACAAUUAGCUUCCAGUGAAAGUUAUAUGGAAGAUCCCCCAUUAAAGGACAUGAUGAAAAUGUGUAGAUUCAGAUAUGUGAAGCAGAAGAACCUUGAACCUCUGGAACUGUGGACACGUUUAGGUCAGAUUGUGAAAGAAAACAAUGGAGAACAUGUGAGCUGUGAUUUAUCUGAAACUGGAGCAGAUGGUUUUCAUCAAACCCUGAAACAUCAGCUGUCAGUGCCUGCAAACAUGGAUCCUGCUCGAGCUGCUGCUCGUGGACUCAGGAUUGUGCUGUUUGGGAAAAACGAGGAAGAAAAGACGACACUUGGAAACUUCAUCACAAAGAAAAAUUCUUUUCAGUUCAGAAAUAUUUCUCCAGCUAAACACUGUGAAGAUGCUGGUGGAGUGUGGAAAGAAAAACCAGUAACAGUGGUGAAAACUCCCGACAUGUUCAGUCUGUCUGUGCAGGGAGUGAGAGAGGAGAUGAAGAGCUGUGUGAGUCUCUGUCCUCCUGGACCAAAUGUUCUGCUGCUGUUGGUCAAACCUUCUGAUUUCACUGAGGAGAACAGAAAAACUCUGAAGUUCAUCCUGAGUUUGUUUGGAGAAGAUUCCUUUAAACACUCGAUGAUCAUCAGCACGUACAGACAUCAGUGGAAAGAAACAAGCGCCUCUGUGAACAAGCUCCUUCAGGACUGUGAUGGAAGACACUACAACAUGUUUACCAAUGAGCACAAAGUGUUAAUGGAGAAGAUUGAAGACAUGCUGCAAGAAAACAAAGAAAGCUUCCUCAUCCUCACUGCAGAGAAGACAAAGCAAGAAAAACAAGAGGACUGGGAGAGGAAAGAAAAAGAGUGGCAGGAAAAUCAGUCCAGGGAAAUUGAAAGAAUACGUCAGGAGGAGGAAGAAAAGCAGAAAAAGCUCCAAGAAGAGUUUAAGCAGGAAAGAGAAAAAUAUGAAAUAACAAGAAAAGAAAAUCAAAUCAGACGAGAGCUGGAAGAAAAAGAACAGAAUGAAUUAGAGGACAAUUACAAGAGAAAAAUGGAGGACAUGAGGAAGAAAUAUGAAGAGGAGGCCAGAAAACAAACAGAAGAAUUUAAUAAUUUUACAAUUAAAUAUACGACAGACCUUGAAGCUCUAAAUUCAAAACUUGUGCAACAGCAUGAAGAAGAAAUGCAGCAGAAAGAGGAAGCACACAGAAAAGAGUUUAACCUGUUACAGAAAAGCUGGAACCAGAAAGAAAAGGAACUAAAAGAAGACCUGAUGAGAACACAAACACAACUGCAACAAGAAAUUAAUGAAAAUAAAAAACAGAUAGCAGCCAUAGAUACAGUGGUGAAGAAGAGCAUGAGGGAGGAAGUUUCCAGUGAGGAAACAUCGGUUUCACUGCCAGUUCCUCGUGUCAAACGUUGUGCACGUGAACUCAGGAUAAUGCUGUUUGGAAAAAGUAAUGACAAGAAAUCAGCCCUGGAAAAGCUCCUCGUUGGGAAAAAAAGAGUCUGA